AUGGCUCCCACGAAUAAGGAUGGAGGUGUAGCAACUGCAAAAGCAGUGGACGUUCUCAAACAGAAAGCCGGAGCCCAUCAUUGCCUCGGAAAUGUUCACGCGAAUCUUCCAGUCAAUAAGGUAACUGUUCACCCACUUGUGCUUCUUAGUGUUGUUGAUCAUUUCAAUCGCGUCAGUAAGACUCAAAGUGUGAAGCGUGUUGUCGGAGUGCUUCUAGGCUCGAUGAAGAAGGACAAGACCUUGGACAUUGGUAACAGUUUCGCCGUUCCAUUCGAUGAAGAUGACAAAGACAAGAACACGUGGUUCUUGGACAUGGACUAUUUAGAGAGCAUGUAUGGAAUGUUCUACAAAGUCGCAGCAAAAGAGAAGAUUGUCGGAUGGUAUCACACUGGGCCAAAACUGCACAAGAAUGAUAUCGCUAUCAACGAACAAUUGAAGAGAUUCUGUCCGAAUCCGGUUCUUGUGAUUAUUGACGCUGAGCCAAAAAACAUUGGAUUGCCGACCGAAGCUUAUAUUGAGGUUCAAGAAGUCCAUGACGAUGGAACACCGCCAAUCAAAACUUUCGAGCACGUUCCUUCAGAUAUCGGAGCAGAAGAAGCGGAAGAAGUUGGAGUUGAGCAUUUGUUGAGAGAUAUUAAGGAUCAAACUGCUGGAACUCUUUCUCAACGUAUCACCGAUCAAUUGAUGGGCUUGAGAGGACUUCAAUCACAACUUGAGUCGAUUGAAAAAUACCUUCAUGAUAUUGUGCGUGGGUCUCUUCCAGUCAACCAUCACGUUAUCUAUUAUGUGCAAGAAGUUCUUAACCUGCUCCCCGAUGUAACUCACCCUGAUUAUGUCGUCUCACAGAACGUUCAAACGAACGAUCAGCUUAUGUGUGUUUAUAUGGGAUCGCUGGUUCGAUCUGUUGUUGCACUACACAAUUUGAUCGAUAACAAGAUUGCUCUCCAAAAAGCCGAAAAGGAACAGGAAACAAGCGAAUCAGAUAAGAAAAAAGAAGAGAAAGACAAAAAGGAGAAAAAGGAUGAGAAGAAAGACGAGAAGAAGGACAAAGACAGCAAGACAUCUACUCCAAACACUCCAAAAAAAUAA